AUGCAAGUGCGUUCGCAGAGCGAUGCCGUGUGGACGGUGGUAGAGUUGCCGAAUGGAUGGAUGGAUGAGCGACGGGAUGGUGGUCAAAGGCUACGGUGCUCCGUCCAUCCAAGCGCUGAUCCAAGGUGGAUCAAGCGGAGCGGAUGGAAAUGCGGCCAUGCUGGUGUAGAGCCGCAGCCGCGCUUUGGAGGCGCCUUCCGCAUUCUUGUCCCGCACUCCGCCCUCCGCACUCGUGGAAGGUACGCGUCUGGCACACUGCUCCUGUGCCUGCCAGCGCUCGUCCCGCAUCCCGCAGCCUCUCGGCAAGCCAACCAAGCCCAGAUCGACGCGCCGCGUUCCGCACCUGGGAAUGCCCGCUCUCCCAGUUCCAAAUCAGGAAAUGCCGCUCGCCGAUCCUCCGAUGCCGCCGCCUCUGUCGAUCCGCGCUUCCGUCACCGCUCACCGCUCACCGAGCCAACACGCUCCGAUUCUAUCGCCGAUUACAGCGACUCAUCAUCGGGUUGCUCCUCCACUUCAGGGUCCAGCGCGCAUUCGGCAAGCUGCACAGCGUUGCCUGCCUUUCCUCUCGGCAUCAUCACCGACCUCUCGCGAGCCAUGGCAUUCGGCAGCGACGCACGGCACGUGGAUCUCCUCGAAUGGUCCCAGGAGCUCGACCGAUUCCUUCUGCAGCUCCCCUUCCGACCCUUGCGCACCACACAAUCCGUGAUGCUCUACAAGCUCGCCUACUCGACAACGCACAGCCAGCUCGGCCUUCUCCUUGUCGACUGCGACACCUGCUCAGCUUACUACGAAGGCGUCUCUUUACGCACUCUCGAGCGUCGGUCCCAUCUCGACUCGUCGCCAUCGUCAUCAACAGACACCGAACACGCUCGUCUAGCGCGUCUCGCUGCCGCCAUUCAUGACGCGCUCGACGCCACAACAUCUGGCUCGCAGGCAAGCGUCGAUCUCGAAACAACCCGCUUCUCAUGCUCACUCGCCAUCCAGACCAACGUCGCCAACGCUAGUAGCGCUCGACAGCUCAAGACGUCGUUCGAUCUGGAUCCCUUGAACCAUGCUGCGCACACCGCUCUUCUCUCCGCGCAUCUAGUACGACCUCUUCUUUCCCUGGCCGCAGCGAUUGCACGUGCCCCCACGCAAGAUCAACUCGCAAGCAUUGCUUCUGAACACAAUCGCGCUGUUCAGAGCAUGACCUCGGCUCGCUCUCUGCAACUCAUCCAAGCCACGGCUUUGUCGCAUGCGGGGCACUCUCCACAACUGCUGCAGUUCACCAACCACCCACCUACUUAUGCCGACGAGCACGAUCGAGUCGUACAAGACGUCGGUCCUCCACUCUCCUCAUCCAAUCCAGCGAAGUCUGAAUCUGCGCUACAUGGCAGCCUCGACGGCCAUCGUGACAUGGUCUUCUUCGGUCCGCCCGGAUUCAAGCCGCCUCGCUCCUCUCACAACGACGACAUCCAUGACUCCUGCCACGCCAACGGGCACGGGCGAGAUCUUGCCAUCUCUUCUGACGCCGAGUCCAACGACGAAGACGGCGACGUCACGCUCAGCGCCACCGACAUCGUGCGUCUAACGGCAGCGCAACAGCCGGAACGACAGCCAUCCUUGUCUCCUUCCAAUGCCGUCGCUGCUGCGGCGUCAAUUCUUCGGAUCAAGACCGAGCCUGCAAACGAGGCGAGCGACUCGGAUACAAGCCAAGAGGAAGAGAGCCUGCCCGUCAAGCGGCCCCUCAUUCCACGCGCUUCUCCGGCCCCGCCGUCAAUCAGUGAUCAAGCUCAAUCAACUGUCCCCGUUGCUCUCGAAAGCGGCGACAUCGACGUCAACGCGCGCGAUACACGGACAAAAGAGGAUCAGGAAGUGCUUCCACCCGCGACCCCAUCGGCCUCUGCAUUCGCACCGACUCCAUCGCAAAUCGUCUCUCCAACCCGUAAUGCCGCUCGCAACGAACAGCUACGUCGGCGCCAACAGAUCGCCAACAUCAAGCGCGGCCAUGAAGAGCUCGCUUCGGCUUAUGCUCCACCUCUCAGCCCCGUGCCGUUCCGAGGCUGGCUGGCUAGGGCUGCCGUGCCCAAGACGUUGCUGCGUGGCGUCCGCUCUGGGCUGCUCAAACACCACCAUCAUCCACAUCUCGGCCUCGUUUCAGCUGACACUGCAUUGCACGCACCCCUCGUCGACAUCACCAUCGCCUUCGGAACGGAAGCCAGACAGUCGCGCAUCCGUGCAGCCACGCUCUUGCAACCUCGUCGCAAACUCCUCUUGGAUGCCAUGCAUACCCGUCGACGCUGA